AUGAGGUCCAUGGCGACCGCAACGCUCUUCAUCGCCGCCGUUGUCCUCCUCCUCGCCGUCCGGGACGGCCAUUGCGCGCAAUUGUGCAUGGACUCGACGUUCCCGCGGGCGGUCAACGGGUCCCUCUCCUUCUGCGGCUACAGCGGCACGGCCUGCUGCAACGCGACUGACGACGCUGCCGUCCAGAAGCAGUUCGCCGCCAUGAACAUCUCCGGCACGCCGUGCGGCGACCUCGUCAAGUCCAUCCUCUGCGCGAGAUGCAACCCCUACGCCGGCGAGCUGUUCACCGUCGAGAAGACCCCCCGGACGGUGCCUCUGCUGUGCAACUCCACGGGCGCGGCGAGCCGGGUGAGCGGCGUGGCCGCGGCUACAGGGUACUGCGCGGAGGUGUGGGACACCUGCAAGGACGUGUCCAUCCCGGGGUCGCCGUUCCAGCCGCCCAAGGGCGGCGCGACGGCGCCGAAGCUCACCGAGGUGUGGCAGUCGGAGGGCGACUUCUGCGGCGCGCUGGGCGGCGAGCCCAUCUGCUUCGACGGCGAGGCCGCGGCGUUCAACACGACCCGCGUCGUGCCGCCCGUGAACGGCAUGUGCCUGGAGCGCGUCAGCAACGGGUCGUACAUCAACAUGGCGGCGCACCCGGACGGCUCCAACCGCGUGUUCCUCAGUACCCUGGCCGGCAAGGUGUUCCUGGCCACCGUGCCGCCGCAUGGCUCCGGCAAGCAGCUAGAGCUGGACGUAGCCAACCCGUUCCUGGACAUCACCGACGAGGUGCACUUCGACAACGAGUUCGGCCUCCUCGGCAUGGCCUUCCACCCGGACUUCGCCAAGAACGGCCGCUUCUUCGUCUCCUACAGCUGCGACAAGACGCAGUCGGCGUCGUGCUCCGGCCGGUGCGCGUGCAACUCCGACAUCGGCUGCGACCCGUCCAAACUCGGCGCCGACAACGGCGCGCAGCCGUGCCAGUACCAGAGCGUCAUCGCAGAGUACACCGCCAAUUCCUCCGCCGGCUCGCCGUCGACGGCCACCUCCGCGAACCCCACGGAGGCGAAGAGGAUCAUGACGCUCGGGCUGCCGUUCACGACGCACCACGGCGGGCAGAUCCUCUUCGGCCCGGCCGACGGCUACAUGUACUUCAUGAUGGGCGACGGCGGCAGCGUGGGCGACCCGUGGAACUUCGCGCAGAACAAGGGGACCAUGCUCGGGAAGAUCGUUCGGAUCGACGUCAACGACAUGCCAAGUGGUAACAGCACCCCCGGCUGGGGAAACUACGGUAUCCCCAAGGACAACCCCUUCUCCGUGGACCCCGAGUUCGCGCCAGAGGUGUUCGCCCUCGGCUUCAAGAACCCAUGGCGCUGCAGCUUCGACUCCGGCAAGCCUUCCAACUUAUUCUGCGCCGACGUCGGAACGUCUUUGGCCGAGGAGGUCGAUCUGGUGGUGAAGGGCGGGAACUACGGGUGGCGCGUGUUCGAGGGCCAGCAGCCGUACCCGGCGCUGUCCACCCCCGGCGGGAACACCACUGCCGAUUCUAUCAACGCCAUCUCGCCAGUCAUGGGCUACACCCACAACAGCGUCAACAACAACGUCGGCUCCGCCUCCAUCACCGGCGGCUACGUCUACCGCUCCAUGACCGACCCCUGCCUCAACGGAAGGUACAUCUACUCGGACCUGUACGCGCAGGCCAUGUGGUCGGGGCUCGAGACGCCGGAGAACAGCGGGGUGUUCAACCAGACGCCACUGACGUUCGCCUGCUCCAAAACGUCGCCGAUCCCGUGCGAAGUCGCGGCUAAGAGCCCUCUCCCGUCGCUAGGCUACAUCUUCUCCUUCGGCGAAGACAACGCCAAAGACUUAUACCUGCUCAACAGCAAGGGCGUGUACCGGGUGGUCGACCCCAGCAGCUGCAACUACGCCUGCCCGAUAAAGAGCUCCGCCAACACGGGGUCCCCGCCGCCUGCAGCGUCGCCGAGCUCGGCGUUCAGAGCGCGGAGUCCCGCCAUGGCGCCGAUGCUCUUGGUGGGAGCGCUACUUGUGCUGUUGGGCUUGGGUUUUUGA